AUGCUACAAAAUUUACCUUGGAAUGUUCAACAAGAGAUUUUGAAAUGUUUAUCCCCUUGGGAUCUCUUAAAUCUUGCGAAUUCUCAUUUCAUCUACAAAAAUAUUGUCUCAAAUUUUCAUAAACAAUUUCGGAUUCUGAAAAAAGAGAAAGAUUUGGUGACGGCGAAGAUUCAAGUCGAAAUUGAGAGAAAUGGACGAAUCGAGUACUACGAAAGGCUUUACACCCAUGACAUCCAUAAAGCCAAAAUUCAUCUAAUCGGCGAUUUUGUCAAUGAAAAUCUUUGCUUCUGUCGAGAUGACGAGAAUUUGGUGAAGAGAUUGGACCACGAUUUUUCUAUUUUGCAAUCGAAUGCAUCAAUUGAACAGAUUGAUGAAACCUCUUUGCGAGAGCUUGAAGAAACGCGUUUCUUUGUCAAACAUCUCUAUAAUCCACUUUUUCGAACUCAAGAUGAGCUGAUCAAGGUGUUAAAUGCCACUUUUGCCACAGAGUUGUCUCUUUUGAAGGGUGAGAUAUUCUGGUGGGAAAAUGAGGUGGCAGAAUGCUUCUUUGCGCAGUCAAAGAUUCAAUCCCUCAAUUACCUCAACUUACAUUGCCGACCCGAUUGGUUAACACUCUUGGAAAAGUGCCAAGCCGAUAAGCUUUAUCUGCGCAUUUUUAUGGACAAUUUUAUGGAUCAGCUAAAGGAUAAACUUAUGAAGAUCAAGAUUUUCAUUGAGGGAAAAGUCUUGAAAUGGUCUCAAUUCGAGGCAUCAAUCGACACAAUACAUGUGCAUUUGAUCUUUGAAGGAGUGAGGGAAAGAGGUGUGAGGAAUGCUCUGCAAAGAGAACUCAUGAAGAUAGCCAUGUCUGUACUUGAGAAGUACGAUUCGGCAAUGAUCGAUCGAGAGCUUGGUGAAAGGGUUCAUCUCAUUCGGAGAAGAGAUGGCCAAGGCCUUAUUAUUUUGUUGGACGAUUUGUCGAUCUCGUUGAUUACAUGCGACUACGAGUUUAGAAGAAAACGUCGAGCUAAUCAUGGAAAAGUCGUCAGCGAGCAGCUUGAAUCGAUCUCUCAAUUAAUGCAAAGAAUCUAUCGAUACGAGAUUGAGAACUACAAUUGUUCAUACUUCGAAUCAGUGCAAGAUCGGGAGAUCCGGAUAUUCUCGAUGAUUGAAUGUGAAAAGAAGUUGGGAGAAGAGUGUCUGAAAUUCCAGAAAAUGAUUCAAGGAGUUCCGCAACGAGAGUUGGCGAUUGAUUCGAUCUGGUACAACGAGAAGUUUGUCUUUCUUCCCUAUGUCAUCGGCCCAUUUAUGCAUGAUCCAAUCGAAAAGGAGUGGCCGAAUCAUCCCCUCUGGGACUCUCACCUCCGCGCUGCCGCCGAUUUCGCUCAAUCCUUUGCCGAAACGAGAAAUAUGAAUGAUCUCAUGGAAUUUAUCCCAUAC